CUGACAAUUUGUGGAGGCAGACCAACGGAAGGAAUCAACGGAAGGAAAAUCCAAGCAAUCGAGAUGGCAGCCAAGUUCUUCGUCCUACUGUCGCUGGCUCUGGUCGGUGCUGGCCAAGCGGAGUAUAACUACAACGAGAAGGCAGCCACGGCCGUAAACUCCCUGGAGCAGAGCUCCCAAAGCUCUGGCGAGGACUUCCUCAGCGACUAUCACACGCCCAGCAACAAAGCGCUGAACUCCCAGGCCACUCCGGAUGGCUACGACUAUGUGGCGCCCCGGUCAAACCAAUUUGCAGCCGGCGUUAGCAGCUCGGCAGCGAGUGCGCAUGCCUCGAAUCUACUGCAUAGUGCCGCCAAUGCCGCAUCUGCAUCGGAAGCCCUCCUGCCUUCGCCGCUGCCCGUCCUGCGCCAACACCAGGAGCCCGAGAUCUUCCCUCCCGCCAGCUACAGCUUCAACUAUGCCGUAAAUGACGAAAGCACCGGCGACAUCAAAGAGCACAGCGAGACCCGCGACGGCUAUGUGGUGCGCGGCUUCUACAGCCUUGUCGAUCCCGAUGGCUACAAGCGCACCGUCACCUACACGGCCGACGAUGUCCAUGGCUUCAAUGCAGUCGUGAAUCGAGUUCCCUAUGCCCUCAAGACAGUGGCAGUUGCGGUGGCCCCCUCAGUGGUGCCGGCCGUUGCUCUGGACGAACGCUCCAAUCUGGAAGCAGUGGAUAUCACGCGGUCGUCGGGUGCUUCCUCUGUGGUUUCUGAGGGAUCGGGAUCUGGAUCUGGAUCUGAUUCGGGAGCAACAAUUCACUCGUUCUCCCAGGAUAGCUAUGCCAAUGCACCGCGUGGCCUGGACGCUUCUGGCGGUCCCUACGCCUGA